AUGCUGGGGGAGCAGUGGUUCCUACAGACACUGUCCCAGAGCAGAGGAGCAGUGGUCCUUACAGACUCUGUCCCAGAGCAGAGGAGCAGUGGUCCUUACAGACACUGUCCCAGAGCAGAGGAGCAGGGGUCCCUACAGACUCUGUCCCAGAGCAGAGGAGCAGUGGUCCCUACAGACACUGUCCCAGAGCAGAGGAGCAGUGGUCCCUACAGACACUGUCCCAGAGCAGAGGAGCAGUGGUUCCUACAGACUCUGUCCCAGAGCAGAGGAGCAGUGGUCCUUACAGACACUGUCCCAGAGCAGAGGAGCAGGGGUCCCUACAGACUCUGUCCCAGAGCAGAGGAGCAGUGGUCCCUACAGACACUGUCCCAGAGCAGAGGAGCAGUGGUCCCUACAGACACUGUCCCAGAGCAGAGGAGCAGUGGUCCCUACAGACUCUGUCCCAGAGCAGAGGAGCAGGGGUCCCUACAGACUCUGUCCCAGAGCAGAGGAGCAGUGGUUCCUACAGACACUGUCCCAGAGCAGAGGAGCAGUGGUCCCUACAGACACUGUCCCAGAGCAGAGGAGCAGUGGUCCUUACAGACACUGUCCCAGAGCAGAGGAGCAGUGGUCCCUACAGACACUGUCCCAGAGCAGAGGAGCAGUGGUCCUUACAGGCACUGUCCCAGAGCAGAGGAGCAGGGGUCCCUACAGACACUGUCCCAGAGCAGAGGAGCAGUGGUCCUUACAGACACUGUCCCAGAACAGAGGAGCAGGGGUCCCUACAGACACUGUCCCAGAGCAGAGGAGCAGGGGUCCCUACAGACACUGUCCCAGAGCAGAGGAGCAGGGGUCCUUACAGACACUGUCCCAGAGCAGAGGAGCAGUGGUCCUUACAGACACUGUCCCAGAGCAGAGGAGCUGUGGUCCUUACAGACACUGUCCCAGAGCAGAGGAGCAGUGGUCCCUACAGACACUGUCCCAGAGCAGAGGAGCAGUGGUCCCUACAGACACUGUCCCAGAGCAGAGGAGCAGUGGUCCUUACAGGCACUGUCCCAGAGCAGAGGAGCAGGGGUCCCUACAGACACUGUCCCAGAGCAGAGGAGCAGUGGUCCUUACAGACACUGUCCCAGAGCAGAGGAGCAGUGGUCCUUACAGACACUGUCCCAGAGCAGAGGAGCAGGGGUUCCUACAGACACUGUCCCAGAACAGAGGAGCAGGGGUCCCUACAGACACUGUCCCAGAGCAGAGGAGCAGGGGUCCCUACAGACACUGUCCCAGAGCAGAGGAGCAGGGGUCCCUACAGACACUGUCCCAGAGCAGAGGAGCAGUGGUCCUUACAGACACUGUCCCAGAGCAGAGGAGCAGUGGUCCUUACAGACACUGUCCCAGAACAGAGGAGCAGGGGUCCCUACAGACACUGUCCCAGAGCAGAGGAGCAGGGGUCCCUACAGACACUGUCCCAGAGCAGAGGAGCAGGGGUCCUUACAGACACUGUCCCAGAGCAGAGGAGCAGUGGUCCUUACAGACACUGUCCCAGAGCAGGGGUCCUUACAGACACUGUCCCAGAGCAGGGGAGCUUUGGUCCUUACAGACACUGUCCCAGAGCAGAGGAGCAGUGGUCCCUACAGACACUGUCCCAGAGCAGUGGUCCUUACAGACACCGUCCCAGAGCAGAGGAGCAGUGGUCCUUACAGACACUGUCCCAGAGCAGUGGUCCUUACAGACACUGUCCCAGAGCAGAGGAGCAGUGGUCCUUACAGACACUGUCCCAGAGCAGAGGAGCAGUGGUCCUUACAGACACUGUCCCAGAGCAGAGGAGCAGUGGUCCUUACAGACACUGUCCCAGAGCAGAGGAGCUGUGGUCCCUACAGACACUGUCCCAGAGCAGAGGAGCAGUGGUCCCUACAGACACUGUCCCAGAGCAGAGGAGCAGUGGUCCCUACAGACACUGUCCCAGAGCAGAGGAGCAGUGGUCCCUACAGACACUGUCCCAGAGCAGAGGAGCAGUGGUCCCUACAGACACUGUCCCAGAGCAGAGGAGCAGUGGUCCCUACAGACACUGUCCCAGAGCAGUGGUCCUUACAGACACUGUCCCAGAGCAGAGGAGCAGUGGUCCUUACAGACACUGUCCCAGAGCAGAGGAGCAGUGGUCCUUACAGACACUGUCCCAGAGCAGAGGAGCAGUGGUCCUUACAGACACUGUCCCAGAGCAGAGGAGCAGUGGUCCUUACAGACACUGUCCCAGAGCAGUGGUCCUUACAGACACUGUCCCAGAGCAGAGGAGCAGUGGUCCUUACAGACACUGUCCCAGAGCAGAGGAGCAGUGGUCCUUACAGACACUGUCCCAGAGCAGAGGAGCAGGGGUCCUUACAGACACUGUCCCAGAGCAGAGGAGCAGUGGUCCUUACAGACACUGUCCCAGAGCAGAGGUCCUUACAGACACUGUCCCAGAGCAGAGGAGCAGUGGUCCUUACAGACACUGUCCCAGAGCAGAGGAGCAGUGGUCCCUACAGACACUGUCCCAGAGCAGAGGAGCAGUGGUCCUUACAGGCACUGUCCCAGAGCAGAGGAGCAGUGGUCCUUACAGACACUGUCCCAGAGCAGUGGUCCUUACAGACACUGUCCCAGAGCAGAGGAGCAGUGGUCCCUACAGACACUGUCCCAGAGCAGAGGAGCAGGGGUCCCUACAGACACUGUCCCAGAGCAGAGGAGCAGUGGUCCCUACAGACACUGUCCCAGAGCAGAGGAGCAGUGGUCCCUACAGACACUGUCCCAGAGCAGAGGAGCAGUGGUCCUUACAGACACUGUCCCAGAGCAGUGGUCCUUACAGACACUGUCCCAGAGCAGAGGAGCAGUGGUCCUUACAGACACUGUCCCAGAAGCAGAGGAGCUGUGGUCCUUACAGACACUGUCCCAGAGCAGAGGAGCAGUGGUCCUUACAGACACUGUCCCAGAGCAGAGGAGCUGUGGUCCCUACAGACACUGUCCCAGAGCAGAGGAGCAGUGGUCCCUACAGACACUGUCCCAGAGCAGAGGAGCAGUGGUCCCUACAGACACUGUCCCAGAGCAGAGGAGCAGUGGUCCCUACAGACACUGUCCCAGAGCAGAGGAGCAGUGGUCCCUACAGACACUGUCCCAGAGCAGAGGAGCAGUGGUCCCUACAGACACUGUCCCAGAGCAGAGGAGCAGUGGUCCCUACAGACACUGUCCCAGAGCAGAGGAGCAGUGGUCCCUACAGACACUGUCCCAGAGCAGAGGAGCAGUGGUCCCUACAGACACACUGUCCCAGAGCAGAGGAGCAGUGGUCCCUACAGACACUGUCCCAGAGCAGUGGUCCUUACAGACACCGUCCCAGAGCAGAGGAGCAGUGGUCCCUACAGACACUGUCCCAGAGCAGAGGAGCAGUGGUCCCUACAGACACUGUCCCAGAGCAGAGGAGCAGGGGUCCUUACAGACACUGUCCCAGAGCAGGGGUCCUUACAGACACUGUCCCAGAGCAGGGGUCCUUACAGACACUGUCCCAGAGCAGAGGAGCUGUGGUCCUUACAGACACUGUCCCAGAGCAGAGGAGCAGUGGUCCUUACAGACACUGUCCCAGAGCAGAGGAGCAGUGGUCCCUACAGACACUGUCCCAGAGCAGAGGAGCAGUGGUCCUUACAGACACUGUCCCAGAGCAGAGGAGCUGUGGUCCUUACAGACACUGUCCCAGAGCAGAGGAGCAGUGGUCCCUACAGACACUGUCCCAGAGCAGAGGAGCAGUGGUCCCUACAGACACUGUCCCAGAGCAGAGGAGCUGUGGUCCUUACAGACACUGUCCCAGAGCAGAGGAGCUGUGGUCCUUACAGACACUGUCCCAGAGCAGCAGGGGUCCUUACAGACACUGUCCCAGAGCAGGGGUCCUUACAGACACUGUCCCAGAGCAGAGGAGCUUUGGUCCUUACAGACACUGUCCCAGAGCAGAGGAGCAGUGGUCCCUACAGACACUGUCCCAGAGCAGAGGAGCAGUGGUCCCUACAGACACUGUCCCAGAGCAGUGGUCCUUACAGACACCGUCCCAGAGCAGAGGAGCAGUGGUCCUUACAGACACCGUCCCAGAGCAGAGGAGCAGUGGUCCUUACAGACACUGUCCCAGAGCAGAGGAGCAGUGGUCCUUACAGACACUGUCCCAGAGCAGAGGAGCAGUGGUCCUUACAGACACUGUCCCAGAGCAGAGGAGCAGUGGUCCCUACAGACACUGUCCCAGAGCAGAGGAGCUGUGGUCCUUACAGACACUGUCCCAGAGCAGAGGAGCAGGGGUCCUUACAGACACUGUCCCAGAGCAGGGGUCCUUACAGACACUGUCCCAGAGCAGGGGUCCUUACAGACACUGUCCCAGAGCAGGGGUCCCUACAGACACUGUCCCAGAGCAGAGGAGCAGUGGUCCUUACAGACACUGUCCCAGAGCAGAGGAGCAGUGGUCCUUACAGACACUGUCCCAGAGCAGAGGAGCAGUGGUCCCUACAGACACUGUCCCAGAGCAGAGGAGCAGUGGUCCUUACAGACACUGUCCCAGAGCAGAGGAGCAGUGGUCCUUACAGACACUGUCCCAGAGCAGAGGAGCAGGGGUCCUUACAGACACUGUCCCAGAGCAGAGGAGCAGUGGUCCUUACAGACACUGUCCCAGAGCAGUGGUCCUUACAGACACUGUCCCAGAGCAGAGGAGCAGUGGUCCUUACAGACACUGUCCCAGAGCAGAGGAGCAGGGGUCCCUACAGACACUGUCCCAGAGCAGAGGAGCAGUGGUCCCUACAGACACUGUCCCAGAGCAGAGGAGCAGUGGUCCCUACAGACACUGUCCCAGAGCAGAGGAGCAGUGGUCCCUACAGACACUGUCCCAGAGCAGAGGAGCAGUGGUCCUUACAGACACUGUCCCAGAGCAGAGGAGCAGUGGUCCCUACAGACACUGUCCCAGAGCAGAGGAGCUGUGGUCCUUACAGACACUGUCCCAGAGCAGAGGAGCAGUGGUCCUUACAGACACUGUCCCAGAGCAGAGGAGCAGUGGUCCCUACAGACACUGUCCCAGAGCAGAGGAGCAGGGGUCCCUACAGACACUGUCCCAGAGCAGAGGAGCAGUGGUCCUUACAGACACUGUCCCAGAGCAGAGGAGCAGUGGUCCCUACAGACACUGUCCCAGAGCAGAGGAGCAGUGGUCCCUACAGACACUGUCCCAGAGCAGAGGAGCUGUGGUCCUUACAGACACUGUCCCAGAGCAGAGGAGCAGGGGUCCUUACAGACACUGUCCCAGAGCAGCAGGGGUCCUUACAGACACUGUCCCAGAGCAGGGGUCCUUACAGACACUGUCCCAGAGCAGAGGAGCAGUGGUCCCUACAGACACUGUCCCAGAGCAGUGGUCCUUACAGACACUGUCCCAGAGCAGAGGAGCAGUGGUCCCUACAGACACUGUCCCAGAGCAGAGGAGCAGUGGUCCUUACAGACACUGUCCCAGAGCAGAGGAGCAGGGGUCCUUACAGACACUGUCCCAGAGCAGAGGAGCAGUGGUCCUUACAGACACUGUCCCAGAGCAGAGGAGCUGUGGUCCUUACAGACACUGUCCCAGAGCAGAGGAGCAGGGGUCCUUACAGACACUGUCCCAGAGCAGGGGUCCUUACAGACACUGUCCCAGAGCAGGGGUCCCUACAGACACUGUCCCAGAGCAGAGGAGCAGUGGUCCUUACAGACACUGUCCCAGAGCAGGGGUCCUUACAGACACUGUCCCAGAGCAGAGGAGCAGUGGUCCUUACAGACACUGUCCCAGAGCAGGGGUCCCUACAGACACUGUCCCAGAGCAGAGGAGCAGUGGUCCUUACAGACACUGUCCCAGAGCAGGGGUCCUUACAGACACUGUCCCAGAGCAGAGGAGCAGUGGUCCUUACAGACACUGUCCCAGAGCAGAGGAGCUGUGGUCCUUACAGACACUGUCCCAGAGCAGAGGAGCAGUGGUCCCUACAGACACUGUCCCAGAGCAGAGGAGCAGUGGGUCCCUACAGACACUGUCCCAGAGCAGAGGAGCUGUGGUCCUUACAGACACUGUCCCAGAGCAGAGGAGCAGGGGUCCUUACAGACACUGUCCCAGAGCAGCAGGGGUCCUUACAGACACUGUCCCAGAGCAGGGGUCCUUACAGACACUGUCCCAGAGCAGAGGAGCAGUGGUCCCUACAGACACUGUCCCAGAGCAGUGGUCCUUACAGACACCGUCCCAGAGCAGAGGAGCAGUGGUCCCUACAGACACUGUCCCAGAGCAGAGGAGCAGUGGUCCCUACAGACACUGUCCCAGAGCAGAGGAGCAGGGGUCCUUACAGACACUGUCCCAGAGCAGGGGUCCUUACAGACACUGUCCCAGAGCAGGGGUCCUUACAGACACUGUCCCAGAGCAGAGGAGCUGGGUCCUUACAGACACUGUCCCAGAGCAGAGGAGCAGUGGUCCCUACAGACACUGUCCCAGAGCAGAGGAGCAGUGGUCCCUACAGACACUGUCCCAGAGCAGAGGAGCUGUGGUCCUUACAGACACUGUCCCAGAGCAGAGGAGCAGGGGUCCUUACAGACACUGUCCCAGAGCAGCAGGGGUCCUUACAGACACUGUCCCAGAGCAGCAGGGGUCCUUACAGACACUGUCCCAGAGCAGAGGAGCUUUGGUCCUUACAGACACUGUCCCAGAGCAGAGGAGCAGUGGUCCCUACAGACACUGUCCCAGAGCAGAGGAGCAGUGGUCCCUACAGACACUGUCCCAGAGCAGUGGUCCUUACAGACACCGUCCCAGAGCAGAGGAGCAGUGGUCCUUACAGACACUGUCCCAGAGCAGAGGAGCAGUGGUCCUUACAGACACUGUCCCAGAGCAGAGGAGCAGUGGUCCUUACAGACACUGUCCCAGAGCAGAGGAGCUGUGGUCCUUACAGACACUGUCCCAGAGCAGAGGAGCUGUGGUCCUUACAGACACUGUCCCAGAGCAGAGUAGCAGUGGUCCUUACAGACACUGUCCCAGAGCAGAGGAGCAGUGGUCCCUACAGACACUGUCCCAGAGCAGAGGAGCAGUGGUCCCUACAGACACUGUCCCAGAGCAGAGGAGCAGUGGUCCUUACAGACACUGUCCCAGAGCAGAGGAGCAGUGGUCCCUACAGACACUGUCCCAGAGCAGAGGAGCAGUGGUCCCUACAGACACUGUCCCAGAGCAGUGGUCCUUACAGACACCGUCCCAGAGCAGAGGAGCAGUGGUCCUUACAGACACUGUCCCAGAGCAGAGGAGCAGUGGUCCUUACAGACACUGUCCCAGAGCAGAGGAGCAGGGGUCCCUACAGACACUGUCCCAGAGCAGAGGAGCAGUGGUCCCUACAGACACUGUCCCAGAGCAGUGGUCCUUACAGACACCGUCCCAGAGCAGAGGAGCAGUGGUCCUUACAGACACUGUCCCAGAGCAGAGGAGCAGUGGUCCUUACAGACACUGUCCCAGAGCAGAGGAGCAGUGGUCCUUACAGACACUGUCCCAGAGCAGAGGAGCAGUGGUCCCUACAGACACUGUCCCAGAGCAGAGGAGCAGUGAGCAGAGGAGCUGUGGUCCUUACAGACACUGUCCCAGAGCAGAGGAGCUGUGGUCCUUACAGACACUGUCCCAGAGCAGAGUAG